AUUAUAAAACUGAUAUUAACUCUUCAAACGUUAAGUCAAAAGAAAAAAAAAAAAAAAGAAAAAAAGAAAAAAAUAACUAAAUUAAAUCAUAAAAAAAGAGUUUUCUUUUCGUUUUGUGUUAUUGUCAUUUAUAUUAUUAUUUAUGUUUGAAAAAUCUGUUUUCUUUAUUAGAAAGUAUAAGAAAAAUGAAUUGUGUGCCAAAAAUGUGAAAAUAUAAUUAAGAAAAUAAGAAACUGUUUAAAAAUAGAAUGGGAAAUAAUGGAAGUUCUUAUCAGCAUCAAUGUACAAGUAAUGGUUUUUCAAAAUUUAAAAAAACAAAUCGUGGAUUUUCUCAAUAUUCAAAAAAUUCUCUAGGAGAAAAAUUUUUACCCGAAAUAAUUGAUGAAAAUUUACAUGAAAAUAUUUUUAAUGAUAAUAAUAGUAAUGGAAAUUCAGCUUUAACAUUACCACACGAUCUUAAUAAGAUUAAAUUUAAUAAACACUGUCAAAAUAUUCGUCAUUAUCAUGAUCAACAGCAGGAAAAUCAAAAUCAUCGAAUUUCUCAAUGUGGAAAUUGUAAAAUAGUAAAGAAGAAAAAUUUUGCAAAUCAAGAAAAAGAAAUUUGUUCCAAUAUUAAGAAAUUUAAAAGUGAACCAGAUUUAAGAUAUUUAAUGACAAAUGAAGAAAUGUUAAGAGCAUUAAAUUCACAACGUUAUUUGGCUAUUGAUGAAAAAAUAGAUGAAAAUGAAAUUCGUUAUCGUUCGAAAAAAAAAUAUAAAGCACCACUACCGCCUUUAAUAAUGAAUUCAAAAAUUUCACAAUUUCAAAUUGACAACAAUAAUAAAAGUGAAACAAUUUUUAAUGAUGAAAUUAAUGAAAAAGAUCAUUUAAUAAAAAUAUCAUCAUCAUCAUCACCUUCACCACCACCGAGAAAAACACGUCUUUUUAAAACUCGUGAAAAAUCGAAAAUAUUGAAUAAUGAUAAUAAUUGUCAAUUGUGCUCAAAUCAUCGUCAUUGUACAAAAUUGAAAAAUAAACAAUUUUUACACGAUACAACAAUUAUUGAUGAUGAUAAUAAUUUAUGUCAAUUAUUACAAAAGGAGAAACAAAAAUGUUUAUUGUCAUCACAUUGUCAGAAAGAAAUUAUAAGUAAUGGUAGUAUGAAAAAUAGAAGAUUUUUAAAUUGGAAGAAUAAAAAUAUUCAUCCAAAAGAAUCUGAGCUCAAUCAUCAGCCAUCAAAGAAAAUACGAACAAAUUAUGAAUUUAAAAAAGAUUCUAAAGAAGCAUGUUGCUCAUUAGAAAGUAGGAUAUCAGAAAAAAAUCAACUUGAAUUAAAUUUUCCUCUAGGAAAAAAAUUUUCACAACAGCGAGAUAAGAAAAAAUCAUUAAACAGUGAAAUAAAUUCAAAAGAAUUUCAAAAUCAAUGUAAAAAUAUUAGUAAAUUCACGGAUAUAAAAUUUUUCCCUCUUAAUAAAGAAGAUAAAAUUCAAAAUUUAAUAACAGAUGAUAAUUUAUUUGCAUUAAAUAAAAUACGAACUAAUUCAUUAAAUAGAGGUAUAAAUGAUUUUAAUAGUAAAUUAUUGAGAAAAUCAACAACAAGAAAUGAUGAAAAUAAUUUAAAAACAAUGACACCAAAAUUAUUUUCAAAUCAAAGAAAAAUUGAUAUUUCAAAGUCACAAAUUGAUUUAAAUGCAAAUGAAAAGAAAACAAAACAAUGUUUCAAUGAAAAUAGACAUUUAUUGGAAAAUCAUUUAUUAAAAGAAAAAAUUGAAGACGAAGAUAAUGAUGAUGGAUCAGAGGAGGAAAAUUAUUUAAAUAAAUCAUUUGAAAAUAAAAGAAUUCACGUUGAAAAUUUUCAUUUUAGAGAAAGAAAAGAUAAUUUAACUGAAAGUUAUUACAAUAAAGAAUUAUAUGAACCAUUGGCAAAAAUGGAGAAAAAAUCAUUAUUAAAUAAAGAGAAAAGAGGGGAAAAAUUUUCACAAGCAACAAUUGAUGAUAAAAAUAGUUAUUUGAAUCAAAAUACAUUUCCAAUUUUUAACUAUUCAAAAAUGAAGACAUUUUAUUUUGGUAUGGAUAAUAGUAAAGAAUUUAAUCAAUGUGUAGAUUAUCAGGGGAAACAAAUUUGUGGAGAUUUUUUAAAAACCGGUAUUAAUAAUUUGGAAAAUAACGAUAUUGAUAAAGAAAUUCAAAAUGAAAUAGACGAUAUUGCUUUGAGAUUAAGGCCAACUUUACCAAAAAAGCCACCUGAGAUAACGAGAUUUUCUCCAUCUGAUGCUUGGAAAUUACUUACUGCUUUAGAAGCAUCUGAACCAAUGAGUACUGUCAGCGAUGAAACACCGGUGAUAAUACAAAAACAAGAAGAAGAUGAUGAUGAUGAUGAAGAAGAAGAAGAACGUCUACCUUAUCCAAUGGCUUUAAAUUAUCACCGAAAUUCACAAGAUAAAUCCGGAGAUUCUGGAAUUGAUGCCGGCGUUGUUAUCAAUGAAAUUUCACCCUUAAGAACAACAUGGACACCACAACAAGAUUUAGACGACGAAUCAAGUGGUAGCAGUGAUAUUAUUUACGAAAAUUCAUCACAUCAAUUUAAAAAUUUUAUUCAAUUUCCCCAACGACCUCAUGUAUUUUCACUUUCACUUCCACGUGAAGAAAAUCGUUCAUUCUAUUAUCGAGCAGCCGAAUCUAAAACAAAACAAGAAAUUCACUUUUCUGAUUCCCUUCAAAAAAUAAAACGUUCCGUUUCCGGUGCAUUGGGCUUUACACCAAUAAAUGAGGAACAAAAAAAAUUGCCAUUAGAAUCAACAAAUACAAUCGAUGACAAUUGGUUUUUAUCUACAAGUGCACCAACGUCAUUACAAAAUUAUUAUACAGAUAAUGAUACAAUAAAUUAUAAAAUAAAAUCGCCAAUAAUGGAAGAAAAACCAACAGAAUUAUUUUCAUCACAAUUUCUUUCGAAAAAACACAUAAUAUAUCUACCACAAAUAGAAGACGAUGAUUUAAAUUUAAAAUUACAAUUUAAAAAAAAACAACAGCAACAACAAAUUAUUAAAUAUAAAAAAUAUGAACAAAAAGAAAAUGAAAAAUUUAAUUUUAAUAGACAAUUUUCAAAAUCUUGUGAAAAUAUUUCUUCUCAUGAUUCUAAUGUAUUAGUGAAAAAGGAGAUUUUAAAAACUAAUUAUAUGAAUGAUAUGAUAAAGGAUAUAAAUAGUAAAAUUUUUAAUAGACCAAAAAAAUUUACAUUUCAAUCGACAGUAAGACAAAUUGAAAGACGAAGAUUGGCGGAAAAAUUUUCAAAAGAAGCUGAAGCCAAUGAAAUGCAAAGAAAAAAUGAAUUGGAAGCAAUGAUAAAAGUUGAAGAGGAAUUUCAAAGAAAACGAAAUAAAGAAAAAGAAAAUAUUCGCUAUCAAUUGAAAAAUAUCAAUAAGAGAUAGAAAAUCGUUUUUUUUUUUUUAUACGAGAGUUUAUAAUUUGUUUUUUUAAUUUUAAGAAUAGAUUUUUUAAAAAUAUUAAUAUAUAUAGAUAUUUCAUUAUUUUUAACGAUCAUUUUUUUUAAAAAAAACUGUAAAUUAAUUGUAAUAUUAAUAAAUAAAAUAAAUAUUUUUAACAA